CGGAGCGUCUUCCUGGGACGGUCUAGGCUGCGACCGCUUUUCACUCGUCCUUCCGGUUUCUCUCGCACUGUUCCCGCCUCUUCCGCUUCGCCGCCGGGAUUUGAGGAGCUCUCGCGAGACUCAGGCCUCUUCCUAGGCCGGCGUUCUCGGCAAGGGGCAGCCGCCAUGUUCAGCUCCAGCGCGAAGAUCGUGAAGCCCAACGGCGAGAAGCCGGACGAGUUCGAGUCCGGCAUCUCCCAGGCGCUGCUGGAGCUGGAGAUGAACUCCGACCUGAAGGCGCAGCUGCGGGAGCUCAACAUCACGGCCGCCAAGGAGAUCGAGGUCGGCGGCGGCCGGAAGGCGAUCAUCAUCUUCGUCCCCGUCCCGCAGCUGAAGUCGUUCCAGAAGAUCCAGGUGCGGCUGGUGCGCGAGCUGGAGAAGAAGUUCAGCGGGAAGCACGUGGUCUUCAUCGCGCAGAGGAGGAUCCUGCCCAAGCCCACCCGGAAGAGCCGCACCAAGAACAAGCAGAAGCGCCCCAGGAGCCGCACUCUGACAGCUGUGCAUGACGCGAUCCUGGAGGACUUGGUGUUCCCAAGCGAGAUUGUGGGCAAGAGAAUCCGUGUGAAACUGGACGGCAGCCGGCUCAUCAAGGUCCAUUUGGAUAAAGCGCAGCAGAACAACGUGGAGCACAAGGUUGAAACUUUUUCUGGUGUCUAUAAGAAGCUCACAGGCAAGGAUGUUAACUUUGAGUUCCCCGAGUUUCAGUUGUGAGCAAAAAUGAUUAAAUAAAACUUUGACAGUA